CAAUAAUUUUUUAUUUGAAGUGAUGUUAAUUUUGUCCACACAGUCUGAUAAAACACAGUCCUUUAAAAUUGAAAUGUAAUCAGAUAGCUGACCCACCAACAAUUUUUGCCCUAUAAACUCACUGCAGUGAAGUUUAUUUGUAAGGAUAUAGUGAAAGGGGCCAGACUCAGGGGUAAAAGCCCUGUUUUUAAAGGCUAUGAGUUUAAUGGACUCCAAAUGGAAACCCAUUGGUUAAAAACACUGUCAAAAAGGCGAAUCUUUCCUUCUUAUUCUGUGUAAAACGACCUCCUUUCCCUCUUUUACGCCUCUGUCUCCUUUUCUCCUCCGGUGGCCAGGCGGGCAGUUUUCACAUCAGCGCAGUUGUUGAGGAGGGAGAGAGAGAGCGCGCUCUGGGCUCUAUUGUUUCAUUCCACUUCUCCUUCUGUUUCUCGACGCGUAAAAACUUUGCGGAGCACCCUCCCCUCUGCUUCCCUCCUCCCCACCACCUUCUCCUCCUCCUCCUCCUCCCCCUUUCCCUGCGUGCGUAAUUAGUUGGAGAGUGUUUGGAAACUUGUGAUGGCCGUGAAAAAAAUCUCACUUUAUUUCUGACACCUGUUGCUGAGAGCACAGCUCACAGCGCAGCGAGUGCCACUCUUUUCUGUCGGGACUUCUGGAUACUGUCAGUCGCAAAGCUAUACCUCUGUACAUUCCCACAAAUCAACUUUUUUUCUUUGUUCUUUUGCUCUUUCUUUACUCAAACAACGACUUUCGUGUGACACCGAGGAGUGAAAGUCAGACUGUGAAGCGUGCUGCUGUGGGAUCUUCCCGAACGGGAUAUCUCCUUCCAUUGAAAACAGCGAUCUGUCUGCACUUUCCCAACCGGACAGAGAGUAACAAUUUUCGGUCGUUAGCGCUUCUGAUGGUGGGUGGAGAAAGUUUUCUUGGACAACCGAUCACCGACGUUAAUCCAGCACAACACACCAGACGCAGACAGAGCAAGCAUAAACUCUUUAUGAGCCUAGACCUACUUCACCUUCACACACCUCCACGCAGUCACACUGGGAUCUGGCCUGAACAGAAAACACUCUUCAGCAGCUGCCACUAAACGACUCAGGAGCGGUUGGAGGUUGGGUGCUGACUACAGCAGACUGUCGGACAGAGGUGCUUUUUCUUCCGCUCCUCUGCCUCUUCCCUGACUAUGCCAGCUUUAAAACCACAGAGCACUUUCCCGGCGUUGAAGCGGCGGACCAUGGACAACAGGCCUGUCCGGACAAAACGAACCGGUGCCAUCCGACAUCUGCUGUUGGCUGCCGCCUUCCUUGUCUGCAGCUCGCAACUGCUGAUGGUGGACGCGAACUCGUGGUGGUCACUCGGUCUGACCCCAAUGCAGCGGCCAGAGAUGUACAUUAUUGGAGCUCAACCUCUCUGCAGUCAGCUGUCUGGUCUCUCCCAGGGUCAGAGGAAGCUGUGCCAGCUGUACCAAGACCACAUGACCUAUAUUGGAGAUGGAGCCAAGACAGGCAUCAAGGAAUGUCAGUACCAGUUCAGACAGAGGAGGUGGAACUGCAGCACAGUGGACAACACUUCAGUGUUUGGGCGUGUCAUGCAGAUUGGCUCCAGGGAAACAGCCUUCACCUACGCCAUCAGUGCAGCCGGUGUGGUCAAUGCCGUCAGCCGUGCGUGCCGGGAGGGCGAGCUCUCCACUUGCGGCUGCAGCCGCGCCGCUCGCCCCAGAGACCUGCCGCGUGACUGGCUGUGGGGUGGCUGCGGUGAUAAUGUGCAUUACGGCUACAGGUUUGCUCGGGAGUUCGUCGACGCCAGGGAGAGGGAGAAGAAUUACCCCCGAGGGUCACCCGAGCAUGCCCGGAUGUUGAUGAACUUGCAUAAUAAUGAAGCAGGGAGACAGGCGGUUUACAACCUGGCUAAUGUGGCCUGUAAGUGUCAUGGAGUUUCGGGUUCCUGCAGUUUGAAGACCUGUUGGCUCCAGCUGGCCGACUUCAGACGUGUUGGAGAGUUCCUGAAAGAGAAAUAUGACAGCGCAGCAGCCAUGCGGGUCGGACGCAAGGGAAAGCUGGAGCUUCUAGACAAGCGCUUCAACCCACCCACCACUCAGGACAUGGUCUACAUCGACCCCAGCCCGGAUUACUGCCUCCGCAACGAGACAACAGGAUCGCUGGGCACCCAGGGCCGACUCUGCAACAAAACCUCGGAGGGCAUGGACGGCUGCGAGCUGAUGUGCUGCGGCAGAGGUUACGACCAGUUUAAGACCUACAAGCACGAGCGCUGCCACUGCAAGUUCCACUGGUGCUGCUACGUCAAGUGCAAACGCUGCACGACGCUCGUGGACCAGUUUGUGUGUAAAUAGCGCACUUCAGGAUUUGGAGGAGGCGGCGACGACGACGGAGGGCGCCAGAGGUGACAGGACAGUGAUGUUUCGAGAGUUUUGUUCAGGAUUAGACGCACAAAAAUCAGAUUUCUGACAAAUGUCCUCAUCUCCCACCAUUUCACAUCAAGCCAAGCAAAAAGCAAAAAAAAAAAAUUAAAAAUUAAAAACUGCAUAGCACCUGCGCAGCAUAUUUUUUGGAAGUAAAUACCACAUCAAUGGAUGGAAAGGUAGGGCAAAAGACACCUCGGAUUUUUAUUUCCCCCCACCCUCUGUCAUCGCUUUCUGCUGUCGUCUUUGGAGUCCGGAUCACAAUCAUAAAGGAAACAAGCAAAGCUGAUGGACAAUGAGUGAUAUUGAGGAUGAACAACUGGAUCUGUGAGCGGAGAUGUGACUGGUGUGAGAUGAAAAAAUAAAUAUAUAAUUAAAUAAUAAAUAAAUACACAACUCUUGAUUGCUAUUUAAAGAGACUCAAAUAAACCCAGGACACAGUUUGGACCCCACCCUUCAGAGAAAUCUAUUGAUGCUUUGGGAAAAGUGAUCACUUGUGUCACCAUGUAUGUUGUCUGACCUUUUAACCCUGCAAGAGAGAUUCUGAGAGUUUGGAGAUGUGUUAACAUGCACGGCAGAAAUGUAGAAAAGUUCCGAUUGGUGGUGUAAAUAAGGUAGGAAAUUAAUCAAAAAGAUAAAUAAAUGAAAAGUAAAAAUAAGAAUACACAAAUGCGCGCACAAGCUGCAUCUGUUUCUGUUUCACAACACAGUGAGGUUCAGGAAAAAAAAACUCUUCAAAAGACUAAAUGCACCACCUGUUUUGUACAAGUAGCAGCAGAGGGUGUAGCUGCUGCUGUUCCUUGUAUCAUCAGAGCAGUAAUCCUGCACCCGUGACCUGACAAGUGUGACUAUGCAGGUUAAUGAGGCUUGGUGGUUGAAGCCAUCUUGACUCCACGGCUGUUUAAACAAGCAGCUCACACCGGCCGUCCGGCUCCGUGCCCUUCACGUGACAGCAAAGUGAGCGAAACCUCCAUUAGUGAGAUUAAUGUGCUGUACCUGCCUUAAUGAAGCCACACUGAGAGACACGUUCGCUGCGAGUGGACCUCUUCAUCUCGCGUUGCAGCACAACUCGAUAAGAGCAGCAAACAGCCCCCGUGGUGUCGACUUGGCAGUCCUGUCGUAGCGUGAUUUUUAGCCCGUUUCUAUUGGCUCAGUUGUGAUACAGAUGUUAGAUGCAGUUGGCACGAAGAGGACAGAGUAAGCAGGCGAGGACAGAGCGCGCCGUGGAAACUCAUGAACGUGCAAAAACAGAGAGGACUGCAGGUUUAUUACUUUUAACAAAAAGAACAAAUAGUAGAUGAGAAAAGAAAGUAUAUUUUAUUAUUGUUUUUGAUUCUCCUGUUUUCUAUGUUUUUAUACAUGAGCAUUACUGUGUAUUCUUUUGAUAAACUAGUAUUUGAAAAAAAUGAGGUUUUCUGUGUUUUAAGUCUGCUGCAGUUCUUCUGGGAAAAUUUUGAUCCGGGACAACAUUUUUCCCUGUCUUCCCCACCAACGUAAUAAGCACAGACACGUCUUUGUCAUCGGGGUGGCUGUUUUGGAAAAUUGUGCCUCAGAUGCUAUCGAGGCAGGAAGUAAACAAACUGUCAUUGACAAAGAAAACAAAAACGAAAUUCUGACUGUCAUAAACAUGUUAAAGUGAUCAAAUAUGAGUGGGUUUUUGUUGAAACCUCAGA